AUGGCUAAACUUUUGGGAUACUAUUUUGAGAUUUUGUAUAAAGCAGGGACCACCACUAGGGUAGCAUAUGCCCUGUCAAGGAGAAAGGAAGGUAGUAGAGAGGAAGAAAAGGAGUUACGGGCAAUUGCCAGACCUUAUUGGCAGGAUUUCCAAGAAGUGUUGAAGGAGGUUAAGGAGGAUGAGGUAUUGGUAAAGGUGAUAGAGGAUAUUCAGAAGGAUCUCAACUCUCAUUCAACUUUUACUUUAGAGCAAGACAGGCUGCAUUACAAAGUGAGAUUGGUGCUUUCAGCCAAAUCGAUUUGGAUUCCCAAGCUUUUGGUUGAGUUCCACAUGACAAGAACAAGAGGCCACUCGAGUGUUUAUAGGACUUAG